UGUCAAUUAGCUAACUCUACAUGUCAGUGUACAGCUGCAGGUUCGGCGCAUGCAGGUAGCUGCAGUGUCCAGGUGAAUCAUGGCUCUGACUGGGUUUUGUGGUUCCAGGCAACUGUUGGACCGCCAUAUGACUGAGGACAGACAAGUGCCACUGCGGACGUGGGCAAACUCCUGUGUUCUGAAGGAGCGCAGGGUGUUUGCUGAGGGAGAGGAGGUUGGUUCAGGACAGCACUACAAACCCGCACAGGAGAGUAGAUGGGUACAAAGACUUCCCAUUUCUGCAGAGGAUGGGAUCAUAAUGGACUACGCUCCGCAGGGUGAACCAACAUCUUCAGAUGUCUAUGAAGAGGAAGCCUUGCUGAAGUACCUGAACAGGUUGCCUGGUCCACUCAGUUUUCAAGAGCUGAUGCCUGGACUUUUGCGCAGAGAGGUGGAAGUAGCCAUCAGUAAACUCGGCCUUCUUUUUGAUAAAACCUACGCAUGGGACAUCUUUUCAGACAUGAUGAGAAGCCAGCUACUAUGUACUCUCCCAAACGCUGACCUGCCUAAGCCUUUCACUGACACCACAAGAGCCAUUUUGGUGGACUGGCUCAUUCAAGUCCAUGAAGUGUUUCAGUUCUCAGAGGAAACGCUUUAUCUGACAGUGCACUUGUUGAAUCGAGCACUCCGGCUCAUCAAGGUGUCCAUCUCCGGCCUGCAGUUGUUGGGUGUGGUUUGCCUCUUUCUGGCUGCUAAAAGAGAGGAAUGUCUUUUACCAGAGGUGUCCGAGCUCUGCUACUUGAUGGAGAACGCCUACAGUAAGAAACAGCUGCUGCGGAUGGAGAGGAGAGUUUUAAUUGGUCUCAAGUUUGACCUCUAUCACUGUCCGCCACUUCAUUUUCUUCUCAUCUCUGCCUCCAUCGCACGCUGCAGUGACAAGGUGGUCUGGAUGGCACGAUACCUGUUGGAGCUGUCGCUUCUUGAGGGUCGGUGUGUGGUCUAUCUGCCUGCUCAGCUGGCUGGUGCUGCCCUCCGUCUGGCCCGCAAGAUUCUCCAGGAAGCUGCUGCUCCUGAGGCAGAAAUGGCCUGGUGCAUCGCCUCCAGUAUCCACAUAGGAAGUGAAGCAGUUCUCCUCAGUAUAAUGCAGAUCAUGGCCAUAGCAGCAGCAAGAGCACAAACUCGUGAGACCCGGGCCACGUUCAUAAAGUUCUCCACCGUACAGACUCUCCAUGUCAGCAUGCACCCUGCCCUGAAGGCGGCCCCUGGCCUACUGGGUUUGUCGUGCCCUCAGACAUGAUGCUCUAUCAACACCAAUGAAGCCAAACGGGGCUGGAUGUGUUCAGGAUGGCUGAACAAGUGCUGCUGCUCUGGGCAAUGGAGGAGAGGGAGGAAAAAAAAAAAAGCAGAAUAUGGCCAGACAGGAGUGUUGCGUUUUUCACUGGAUAUCAGUCAACAACUACAUGCCUCCACUGGAAAGCUGCCUGCACUUUGUGGACUGAAUUGUUUUCUGUAAUGUUUUAUGGUAAUCUUAGGUCACAUAUUGUAUUAAAAAGGAUUAAAAAAAGAGUUUUGUAGCUUUUUAAGUGUUUAUCAACGCUAUGGUCAACUUUAUAUGCUUGAAUAGGUGUUUAGUGUCUUAUGAAUUGAUGAUGAAGCACUUUGAAACGUUUAUGGUUUUAAGUGUUUUUGAUUGUUUAUGUAUUCAAGGCUGUUUUAAGAUUGUGAAAAAAUAAAUUAAAUAUCUUCUUUGUGAAAAC